AUGUCAUCAACAUCAACAUCAACAGCAACCUCCACCACCUCAGGAGCAUCAGCGACAUGCACAGGCAACCGCUGGGUCCUCCCCGUCCAGGACGUCGCGUGCGCCCUCCCCGCAACAGGAAACUACUCCUCCGUCAUGGACAAAUGCUGCUCCCCGGCAGCCGUCACGAAAUACAACGACGGGUGUGGCCUGUACUGUCUCGCACAGGGGCAUAGCAUGGGCGAGUUGCUAAAGUGUAUUGAGGAGAAUGGAGGCAAUAAGGAUGUGUUUUGUGGGGGGCAGUUGAAUGCCACCGCGACGGCGAGUUUGAGUUCCACGGCGUCGAGUACGGGGUCGAAGACGGGGGCGAGCGCGAGUCAGACGAGUCAUAGUGGUGCUGGGACGAAGCGAGUGUCGGUUUUGGGGGUGGGGUUGAUGGUGUUGGUUGUUUGUGGGAUGGUGAUUUGA